AUGUGCCACCCUUCUUUCAAGUUAUUAUGUUCAUACCAGCUCAAUUUGCAAAAUACUGUUGAAUUUGCUGAAAGAGAGUCGCAGAAGAAACAAUGGCUGCAUGUGGGACGUGUCCGAAGUGCGAAUCAAUGCUGGUUUUUUUUUUUUCGGGACCCAAAUCGUUUUGUUUACUGCCAGGAAGAAAUUCAUUGUGGCCAAAACUAUUGCGGAAAAAGCUGUUACUGCCAAUAUUAUCCCGCAAUCACGGAUAUACUCCAAAAAAAAAUACUUGAAUAUUUAUCUAAAAAAAUAACUAUACAACAGUACUAA